AUGAUCAUCAACGUAAUAGAUGAGAAAAUCAGGGCUAUUGAUAAUAAAAUUGAAGAAACAAAAAAAGCUCUUGGGAUAGUUGAAGGGAAGACCAUUCUCGCUUCCUUUUAUGAAAAAAGGAAAGAACUGCAAAAGCAGCAGACCGUGCUUCUAGGCCAGCAGACAGAAUGUUUCCUAAAUGAAGAAAAUUAUCUGUCAUGCAUUUCUCUAACCAUUGUUUAUCUUUUGAAUACUAGUACUUCGACACAUUCUAUAGAGCGAAAGUUCAGUAGACCCCAAUUCGUUGAAGGUAUAAGAGCUCACGUUGAAUAUAAUGUUGAAAUUGCUAUGAACUUUAAUAUCUUUCAUUUCACUUGCCGAAAGUAUGAUGGUUUUAAUGAUCAUAUAGGAAAAAGAAUCAUAAGCAUAGAAAUCAAAAGAGACUGUGUUAUGAUACAAUUACGUGAAAUUAGUUUAAGUAAAUUAUUUGAUGAACACUUUACUGGUCAUACACGUAGCAAUUUAGUUAACUCAACAAGUCUGCCAGUAUUCAAAACUUAUGCAUACUUAGUCCGCCUGACAACAAGUGAAUCUAAAUCACCUCAUCCAAAUCAAGGUUCCAGGGACCAGACCUCUGAAGAUCAAGAUUCUAUAACAGGAAUAGAAGAACAGACUUAUGGCUACAAGGAUUUCAAACUUAAGAGUAUUCUAGGAUGUAGACAAACUGGGAAAACAUUUUGA